UCAACUCCUUUCGCCGUUGCUUUCGUGCGCGGCUUUGCGCCCGAUGCGUUCGCGACGGGACGGUGCAAGAAUAUUUCUGUAGAAUCUCUCGCCACGGUUUGUGUGGUGGGUAUAUAUAUAUAGGUUACUCGUGUGCACGAGCAGACGAGGUGAUUAGCGCGGCGUUUUGGUUUAGGGAGAUAAACAUGCAGAGGUUAGUCUCGGUGGUGCUCGUGCUGAUUGCUUGUUCCGUGGCCGAGGCGGCUUUCGGCGCCGGCGAUAUCCGUGUCGACCUGACGCAUGUCGACGCCGGGAAGGAGUUGCCGAAGCAGGAGCUGAUCCGGCGCGCCAUGCAGCGGAGUAAGGCGAGGGCGGCGGCGCUGUCCGUGGUGAGGAACGGCGGUGGGUUUUACGGCAGGAGCGCGCAGCGGCGGCCUGCUGGCGUGCCGGUGCGCCCCUCCGGUGACCUCGAGUACGUGCUCGACCUCGCCGUCGGCACGCCGCCGCAGCCCAUCUCGGUGCUGCUGGACACCGGCAGCGACCUCAUCUGGACGCAGUGCGACACCUGCACGGCCUGCCUCAGGCAGCCCGACCCGCUGUUCUCCCCCGGGAUGUCGUCGUCGUACGAGCCCAUGCGGUGCACAGGCCAGCUCUGCGGCGACAUCCUGCACCACGGCUGCACGAGGCCAGACGCCUGCACCUACCGGUACAGCUACGGCGACGGGACGACGACGCUGGGGUACUACGCCACCGAGCGGUUCACCUUCACGUCGUCGUCCGGCGGGAGGCAGACCGUGCCGCUCGGGUUCGGCUGCGGCACGAUGAACGUCGGAAGCCUGAACAACGCCUCCGGCAUAGUCGGCUUCGGCCGCGACCCGCUGUCGCUCGUGUCGCAGCUCUCCAUCCGGCGAUUCUCCUACUGCCUCACGCCCUACGCCAGCAGCAAGAAGAGCACCCUCGUGUUCGGGUCCCUCGCCGACGACGGCCUCUUCGACGACGCCACGGGCCCCGUCCAGACCACGCCGCUCCUGCAGAGCCGCCAGAACCCGACCUUCUACUACGUCGCGUUCACCGGCGUGACGGUCGGCGCCAGGCGGCUGCGGAUACCGGCGUCGGCGUUCGCCCUCAGCUCCGACGGCUCGGGCGGGGUGAUCAUCGACUCCGGCACGGCGCUCACGCUGUUCCCGGCCGCGGUGCUCGCCGAGGUGGUGCGGACCUUCCGCUCGCAGCUUAGGCUGCCGUUCGCGAACGGCAGCAGCCCGGACGACGGCGUGUGCUUCGCGGCGCCGGUGACGGCCGGGAGGCUCGUCUCGCAGGUGGUGGUGCCGAGGAUGACGUUCCACUUCGAGGGCGCGGCCCUCGACCUGCCGCGGCAGAACUACGUCCUGGAGGACCACCGGAGGGGCCACCUGUGCAUCCUCCUCGCCGACUCCGGCGACGACGGCGCGACGAUCGGCAACUUCGUGCAGCAGGACAUGCGCGUGCUGUACGACCUUGAGCGGGAGACGUUGUCGUUCGCUCCCGUGGAGUGCUGAGAGCACACGUGUCAACUGAAAAUUACUGUAGUUAUUUUUUUUCCCUACUCACCCUUUUUUUCUGCGCCGUCCGAGAUGCAUCCAACGGGCAUCAAACGCCGAGUGGCUGACCUGUAACCUGCCCUGUUUCUAUCAAGAGCGACGAGCGCACAAACUCAUAACCGAAUCCCUUCAUGCACGUAUGAAUACAGGGGUUACCCAAGAAACUUUAAAUGCAAAUGCUUGAAUUCAAAUUCAAACAAUGAUUGUUAGACCAAUUACC